CUCCAACGCGUCCGCCGCAUUAUCGGUGCUCCGAGGUACCAUACCCACGCCGACAUCCAAGCGACACUUAAAAGCAGAAAGCGCGUAUCAGCAAACGGUUCGAAGCUAUCGAGAAAGAGCUACCCAUUAACUCGCGCAACAGCGUCCACAAUGGCCAGCCCACUCCUUUUGCUGCCUAUCAGGUCCAAAACCUGAAGGCCAAGUGGGUCACGUGUAUGGAUGGCAUGUUUGACAAGGCCAAAGCAAAGGCGAAGCAUUAUACAGACGAUGGUAUCCGAGAGUCUGAAGGCGGAGUUCUUGAUGGCAAAGAGGAUCCAGGAGGCCAAGCCUGUUGCGAAUGAUGGUAAGGCAAAGAAGGAAGAGAAGGAGAUUUUGGCAGAUUUCCAGAAUAACAUCAAGGACUUGGAGGCAUCGUACAAGAUGGUCGCUGAUUGGAAGAAACCUUGGUAAACAGGUUGGAGGAUGAUGUGGGUUAGGUGUUAUAUGGACAGGGAACAAGGCGAUCUGGAGCCGUAUUAUACUUUAACACCCUAUCAAGAUCUUCCAUGCCAUUUGAAGAGAUUCUCAUCAUAU